AUGUCCGACUUCAAGCUUUCGGCGCAGCUUGCCGCCCAUGAUGCGGAUGUCCGAGACGUCUGCUUCCCUGCCCCAGACCUUGUUCUGUCUGCUUCGAGGGAUCACACCGUUCGCGCCUGGAAGCGAACCUCUACAUCGCUCCCGAACUUCGAACCGUCCAUCACGAACCAAGGCUCCGAGUUUGUCAAUAGUCUCACGUACCUCCCUCCCUCCUCUGAACUACCCGAUGGCUUGGUCGUCUCUGGCGGCACCGACACCAUCAUUGACGUCAGGACUGCCACCUCGACGCCCGCGGACAAUGCCGAACGCCUGUUGAUCGGCCACGCACACAAUAUAUGCGCCCUGGCCGUUGUUCCCGGUGGAAAGCACAUCGUAUCCGGCAGCUGGGAUAACACCGCCCGCAUAUGGAGCAUUGGGAAGUGGGAGGUCGAAGCUGUUUUGGGAGGCCACGAGGGCGCGGUUUGGGACGUCCUGCCAUUGAGCGAAACUAUCAUCGUGACCGGUUGCGCCGACAAGAACAUACGCAUAUACGAUCUGCGGAACAGCGUUGCUGGUGAGGUCGCACCCCAAUCCACCAUCCACACCCCUGAGGUCAUACGGGCCAUAUGCCGGGUCCCUCAGGGCCACCCUAGCGGUGCAGAUGUUGCCAGCGCCAGCAAUGACGGUGUCAUCCGUCUCUGGAAGCUGAAUGGCCAGCAGCUCGGUGAACUGCGUGGCCACGAAAGCUUCAUAUAUGCCCUCGCGGCACUGCCUACUGGCGAACUCGUCAGCUCGGGAGAAGACCGGACUGUUCGGAUAUGGCGGGGCUCAGAGUGUGUCCAGACCAUCACGCACCCUGCUAUCUCGGUAUGGACUGUCGAUGUAUGCACUGCCAAUGGCGAUAUAGUCUCCGGUGCUAGCGAUGGUGUUGUUCGGGUCUUCUCUCGGAGCUCGGAACGUGCUGCCAGCUCGGAGACCCUAUCACAUUUUGAGGAAUCGGUCAAAGCAUCAUCCAUACCACAGCAGCAGGUCGGCAAUGUCAACAAGGAGAAGCUCCCCGGCCCAGACUUCCUCCAGAACAAGUCUGGUACAAAGGAAGGACAGGUACAGAUGAUCAAGGAGGAGAAUGGCUCUGUCACAGCUCACCAAUGGUCGAUGGGCCAGCAGCAAUGGAUCAACGUCGGCACUGUCGUGGAUGCAGUUGGCAGCAGUGGCCGCAAGGUCGAUUACAACGGGCAAUCAUACGAUUAUGUCUUUGAUGUUGCGAUUGAAGAAGGCCAACCCGCUCUCAAGUUACCCUAUAACCUCUCUGAGAAUCCCUACACGAGGGCUCAGAAGUUCAUCGACGACAACGAGCUUUCCCCCAACUACCUGGAUCAGGUAGCGCAGUUCCUCAUCAAGAACACCGAAGGAGCAACAAUCGGCCAGGAUGCUGAUGAAUCUGCUGGGCCAGACCCAUACGGCACAGAGUCACGGUACCGCCCUGGCGAGGAGUCGACCUUUUCUAGAACAAGGGCCAUCCCGCAACGGGAGUACCUGGACAUCACUUCCGCCAAAUACGAACCAAUCCUCAAAAAGAUCCUGAGUGUCAACUCGGCGCUUGUCGCUGCAGGCCGCAAAGAACUCUCUCUCAACCCUCCAGCACAAGACACCAUCAGCGCAGUGCGACAGGCACUGGAGGCAAACAAGCCCCUAGCGGAUGCGGACUCGGUCAACCUGAUCGUGGUGAUGUGUACGCAAUGGGAUUAUCCCGACCGCCUUGCCCCUUUAGACUUAUUUCGAUGCAUCGCGACGUCGCCUGCUACUGCCAAGUUCAGCACACCGAGCCUCGGGACUCCAGUCCAGAUAGCAGUCUCAGCUGCUCUCGACGGGAUCCCUAGUGGGGGCCAACCGAACGAGAAUUGUGUCAUGAUGGCUGUACGAACGAUUGUCAACCUCUUCCGAACCGCAGAAGGUCGAAAGCUACUUGCCCAACCUUCGGAGGCACUCCGUGCUAUAUCAUUUAUUGACCGGGUGUUGGGUAUCGGAGGCCAGCCUGCCAUCGGCCCGUUCAACCGAAAUCUACUGAUCGCUUUGACAACGGCAAUGGUCAAUUUUGCAGUGUUGGCGUCCAAGCAGUUGGGCAAAGUCACGACCAAUGCUCAGGUCCGUCUACUAUCGGCUCUAGCACUGGUCUUACAGAAGCAGACCGAUGGGGAGGUGGUAUUCCGCGCACUGAUAGCUGCCGGUACAUUGAUUACUGUCAUUGGCAAAGCGGCUCCUGAGGCGAAGAGCUUGUCUUCUUCGAUAGCAUCGGCGAAGGACCGAGUCUCAGACCCCAGAGUUAAGGAGGUAGCAGAUGAGUGUCUGGCGCUGCUGAGAUGA